UGUCAUUUAUUGAAAAAAGGCUUGCUUGCCAUAGGGCCCUGAGGCUCCCUGGAGGAAACUGCACCUGAGCCUCCCUCCUCCCUCCCGGAAGCUGGGGUGGGGACUCUAAACCUGGGGUGAUUUCUUAGUGAGUGUACAGGUCUCAAAGAGAACUUGGUCAAAGGGGCACGCAGCUGAAGAGUCCUUGCAGGCAGUGGCAAAGCCAUGAGCCCUGCCUUUGUCUGGCAUGGACUGUGGUGACAUGGACUUCAGCGAGGACUACCAGUCCCCGUUUGACUUCGAUACAGGAGUGAACAAAAACUACCUCUACUUGUCUCCUAGUGGCAAUGCGUCUCCGCCUGGAUCACCUACCCAGAAAUCCGGUCUGCUGAGGACAGAUCCACUUCCUGAGGAAGGGGAAGAUGCUGCUGCCACCCUGGGUGCCACUGAGACCUUGUCAGAGGAGGAGCAGGAGGAGCUGAGACGAGAACUGGCAAAGGUGGAAGAAGAAAUCCAGACUCUGUCUCAGGUAUUGGCAGCAAAAGAGAAGCACCUAGCAGAGAUCAAGCGGAAACUGGGAAUCAAUUCUCUACAGGAACUGAAGCAGAACAUCGCCAAAGGGUGGCAGGAUGUGACAGCAACAUCUGCAUAUAAGAAGACAUCUGAAACCUUGUCUCAGGCAGGACAGAGGGCUUCAGCUGCUUUUUCGUCUGUUGGUUCAGUCAUCACCAAAAAGCUGGAAGACGUAAAAAACUCCCCAACUUUCAAGUCAUUUGAAGAAAAGGUUGAAAACUUAAAGUCUAAAGUAGGGGGAACCAAGCCUGCUGGCGGUGAUUUUGGAGAAGUCUUGAAUUCAACUGCUAGUGCCAGUGCCACUGCCACGGAGCCGCCUUCAGAACCGACACAGGAGAGCCCUUGAGAUUCCUACCUUUGUUCUGCUCCCCACUGCCAGAUGCUGCAGGCAAGAUCCAAGCACAUUCUGUCAACAUUCAUUGCCAUGGAUUUCUACCAGAUGUGCUGUUAUGGAGCUUUACAUUAUUCCUUUGACCAAAUAAUUUGUGGGUUAAGCAAAAUGAAAAUAGCUUCACUUCUGUUCCCAGAUAGUAACCCUGUCAUGUUCACUGAAAGCCCUUUAUUUAGGAAUGAGCAUUAUAAAGAUGUAUGUCUUACCUACGGAUGCUCCUGAAUUGAGGUGAGAAGCUGCCAGUGAACCUAGUUGCUUUCCUGCCUGACAAAGUAGAUACCAGUUUGAUUGUUGUCUUCUGUAAAACUUUUCUUUCUAUUUGAAUCUGCAAAUUUGAUUUCUAACUAAAAUUGUUCUUUUAAAUCUUCCCAGUACUUGGUAAUAAAAGUUUCAGUGUUGUUUUCUUUAUCUUUAAAACACUUAGGAAUAAACAUUGUUUUUAUAUAAGGUACAUAUCUAGGUGUCCAACACCAAGCUAAAGCAAAUAACUCUACAUCCAGUUUGUAUAGUUCUGUAACAAUACGUACAGUAGUAACUCAAACUACAAGGUGACUUCCGAAUUAAGAGUUCCUGCCAUAUAUCCUUGUUACAUAUCAUUUGUGACAACAACCAGUUCAGCAUAUUAGCUAUUAUGCCACUUAUAUCAGCUUUUAUUUUUUUUACGAGCUUAAGUAUUUACUUUUGGAAUAAAUUGACAAAAUAAAAUUCUAAAUCAAACAGAUUAUUAGUGGGUUGAAAUAUGACCUUGCAUAUAAUACUCAUAUUUCAAAGGUUUGAAGAUUUUUGUAGAUCUGAGUAAGCUGUAGAAUUGCUAAAAAUCCAUCACACCAAGAGACACAUUGCAGUUUCCAUUGCAUCCAUCCAGCAUCCUUUCAGAGGCACACAGUGAUAUGAAUAAUAUAACUUGAAUGUUUUUUAUACUAAGGUGUUGGUGGUAACUCCUAAGGUUGUAAUGCAUUAAUAAAAAUCAGGUCAUCAUUUUCUACUGAAUGUUAUUGGCAUGUUUGCAAUUGUGAAAUAGUACUGUUAACAUUGGCCCUAUUUUGAAAACUGAGUGUUGGGGCUAAUGAAUCAAUGCCUCUGGGUGAAUCUAUGCAGAGGCCAAGGUAUGUACGCUUUGCAUUCUGUUAAUUACUGACUUAGCAACGCCAUUUCCUUAUGGUGUAAAUGUUUAUGGCCUACAAUGUUGUAUCUGUUAUUUAUCAAGUUAUGAUUAUUUUAUUAUAGAUUAUGCCAAAUGUCAUUUGCCAAGCUUGGAGUGACCUAAAGCAUUUUUUUUUAAAGCAUGACUACAUUUAUUUGGGGAUAAAUUCUACUGAAAACCAAAUUUGAAAAGCCACAAUGUUUUUCUAAAAUGACAUGCUACCUUUCUCAGUUACUAGAGCAUUUGUUAGAACUUUGGAUGCAAUUGAAACUAUGCUCUUACAUGUGAAAAGCUUAAUAAAAAAAAGCUUAUGCAUAUCAGCAGUAUAGGUAUCAAUAUUUAUUAUGAGACCAGUGGUAUGGGAACAGGUUGUUGUGUUAAAGAAUCAACUGGUGUCUAUGCUUAAAAGAAAGGCUUAAAAAAUCAUCUAUUUAAAAUUCCUGCAAGAUCUCAGAUGAACAUAUUCUAAAAUAAUUUAUUUCUAGAAGCAUUAAGGCCAUGGUUGUGAUAGCAUUGUACCAGUGUAUAUCUGUAGAAUUUUGCAGUUAUUCAGUUUAUGUGUUAGAUUUUUUCCUAUCAGCCAGUCUUCAGUUUUCUUUGUUUUUGUUCCAGUGUCUUUAUUACAUUAUUCUACAGGGCCUUGUCCUGUGCUUUGUGUUUUCAACAAGCAAAACAGAGUAAGAGAAAAUGCUUUAAUUUAUCUAGAAACUUUACUGACCACAUGAGAAUAUUGAUAGAAAUGAUAGUGGGGUGUGGCAUGGUGUAGAGGUGAAUCUUGAGGAUAGUUGGGAAAGAAGUUGGAAAUCAAUUUUCUAGAUAUCUUCCUAUACUUAACCUAAAU